CCCGGCCGCGCCACCUCCGCCGCCUCUGCAGCCCCGCAGGCCUCGGCUCUCGUACUCCCGGCUCUGCGCGGCUCGCGGCUCGCGGCCCCGCGUCCAGGCUCCUGCAAGAUGACGCUCAAGGCGAGCGAGGGCGAGGGCGGGGGCAGCAUGCGCACGGCGCUCUCCGACCUGUACCUGGAGCACUUGCUGCAGAAGCGCAGCCGGCCCGAGGCUGUGUCACACCAGGUGAAUGCCGUGACUGAGGACAUGUACACCAAUGGUUCUGCUGCCCCAGGUAGCCCUACCCAGGCCAAAGGGCAGGAGGUACGGAAGGUGCGACUCAUACAGUUCGAGAAGGUCACAGAAGAGCCCAUGGGAAUCACUCUGAAGCUGAAUGAAAAGCAGUCCUGUACGGUGGCGAGGAUUCUUCAUGGUGGCAUGAUUCAUAGACAAGGCUCCCUUCACGUCGGGGAUGAGAUCCUAGAAAUCAAUGGCACAAAUGUGACUAAUCACUCAGUAGAUCAGCUGCAGAAGGCGAUGAAAGAAACCAAAGGAAUGAUCUCAUUAAAAGUAAUUCCCAACCAGCAAAAUCGUCUUCCUGCACUACAGAUGUUCAUGAGAGCACAGUUUGACUACGAUCCCAAAAAGGACCAUCUGAUCCCUUGCAAGGAGGCGGGACUGAAGUUUGUUACUGGGGACAUCAUCAAGAUAAUCAACAAAGAUGAUAGUAACUGGUGGCAGGGGCGGGUGGAAGGUUCCUCCAAGGAGUCAGCAGGCUUGAUCCCUUCUCCUGAGCUGCAGGAAUGGCGAGUGGCUAGUGUGGCUCAGUCUGCUCCAAGUGAAGCCCCCAGCUGCAGUCCGUUUGGGAAGAAGAAGAAAUACAAAGACAAGUACCUGGCCAAGCACAGCUCAAUUUUUGACCAGUUGGAUGUUGUUUCCUAUGAGGAAGUUGUUCGGCUCCCUGCAUUCAAGAGGAAGACCCUGGUGCUGAUCGGAGCCAGUGGAGUGGGUCGCAGCCACAUUAAGAAUGCCCUACUCAGCCAGAACCCGGACAAGUUUGCAUACCCUGCCCCAUAUACAACACGGCCACCCAAGAAGAGUGAGGAAGACGGGAAGGAGUACCACUUCAUCUCCACCGAAGAGAUGACCAGGAACAUCUCUGCCAAUGAAUUCCUGGAGUUUGGCAGCUACCAGGGCAAUAUGUUUGGCACCAAAUUUGAAACCGUGCACCAGAUUCAUGAGCAGGACAAGAUUGCCAUCCUUGACAUUGAGCCCCAGACCCUGAAGAUUGUCCGCACGGCAGAACUGUCACCAUUCAUCGUGUUCAUCGCACCUACUGACCAGGGCGCUCAGACGGAAGCCCUGCAGCAGCUGCAAAAGGACUCCGAAGCCAUCCGCAGCCAGUACGCACACUACUUUGACCUCUCGCUGGUCAAUAAUGGCGUUGACGAAACCCUUAAGAAACUGCAAGAAGCCUUUGACCAGGCAUGCAGUUCUCCACAGUGGGUGCCUGUCUCCUGGGUUUACUAAGCUUGCAGAUAUGCCCUUCUCUAGCAGUUUGAAUUUCAUUCUCCUUGCUUUAACACAAACAGGGACACUCCACCCAGUAUGUCAGCUUCCAGUGCUCUGCAUCUAUCCUAAUUAGGCCAGUGGGUGUCAGUCUUGUUCAAGUCCCUUGGCUGGGCUCCGAUUUUCCUGAUCAAUGGAGCCCCAUUGAUCAGGGUUUCAGAAGGAUCUCUGGAACUCUGAGGCCCAAAGUACUAUCAAAAUGCAACUGCUAAUCAAAGAUGGUGCACACGGGGAGGAAAAGGCAAUGGCCCUUGUUCUUUAAAGCCUGUGCUCCUUCACCUUUACACUGGGCAUCUCAUGUGUCUUUGAAGCAUCUGUAACCUCAACUUUCUAAAAUGCCAAAAUGAAGCGGCUGUGCAAUAGAAUGAUGUCUGCUCUAGGGACACCCUCAAAAGCAAUAAAAACGUUGCUGUGUUAAAAUGCCAA